GGUUGGUCUUGAGAUUCUCGCCGGAUCAGAUUUCCCGGGGAAAAGCUCCUCGGCCACUUAUGCAGGCCAUAUUUAAAGUAGUGCUGACAAGGACUGCAUGUCUGCCACGUCGGACCCAGUUAGGGAGGCGAUCGGGCCACGUGUUCACCAUCUAACAGCGAAGCCGCAGCCACCUGGUUUUUGCCGUUGAAUAAAGUCUUUUUAUUUACCCUCAAGACCACGGACCCCCUCUUCCCCGAGCCUCACUCUAAUAUGUCCGAAACUGACCACGCCGCUCGGAAGCUUCAACUGCCGGCAAGUGAGCCGUUCCCGGCGAGAUUCUCGGAAUCUACAUUCUGAGACACAACCAGAGCCCUAGAUUUCUCCACCGGGCUCCGUUGAUUGUUCCGGUCUCGCGAUUCGCUUGCAAAUCCCGGCCGCUUUCCGGCGAAACAAAGGAAAUCUCGGAUAUACCUUCUGCAUUUCGUUGUUCGCAGAUCAUAACGUUGCGGAGUUCGUUCUCUGCGGACUCUUCAACUCUUUCCAGUUUGAAGUUCAGAAUCGCCUGUUUUCAUUGCCUCCGGAGAGGUUUUUAGGGUUUUUACGUUUUUCCUACCGAAGAUUCCCUUUUUUCCAGCUGUGUUUUGAAUUCUGGUGUCUUUCGUUGCUAAUGUGACUGCUUUGUGGUAUUUCUUGUACUGCCGUCCAAGAUCUCGUCCUACUUCUUCUUAUUUUAUGUUUAUUUUUUUUCUAGCCGUUUACAAAGAAAAUUUAUCUUUUAUUUUUUCAUUCUUCACACAUCUUAUUUUAGGAAAGUUGCGUAGAAAUAUAUCGUGCUUCGAUAAGGUUCUUUUCGUUUGUUUGAAGUAACUUCAAGUGUUCAUUUCAGUUCAGUUGAAAUCUUUGUCUUUUUUCCACUUUCAGCCGUGAUUUGAUUUCACCUGCCUUUUGUCUCUUUGGGUUUGUUGCAAAACUGAACAAUGUUAUGCUUGUUGCUCUAAUUUGCUCAUCAGCGUUUCCUUCAUCGUCUGCUUUUGUGUUAUUUCAGUUCUUCAUGUCGCAUUAGCAUUUGCUUCAUGUUAAAGGCAGUUCCUCUAUCAAUUAUAUAUUUGCUUUUGAUAGAAUAUCAUAUUUUAUUUUAUUUUAUGGAAGAAUAUGUGCAGCCAGAACCUUUCGUUUGCUGAAGAUUGAAAAUGAAGAGGCUGCUCAGUUUAUUUUUCCUGCUUGUCUUGGCGCUGGAUUUUGUGACCCCUUUGAAUCCAUCUCUGAAUGAUGAUGUUCUGGGAUUGGUCGUCUUUAAGGCUGAUAUUCAAGAUCCAAAGGCCAAUCUGAAAUCUUGGAAUGAAGACGAUGACAGUCCCUGCAACUGGUUCGGGGUUAAAUGCAACCCCAGAUUGAAAAGGGUUACUGACCUCGUCCUUGAUGGUUUGUCUCUCUCGGGACGGAUUGGCCGAGGCCUACUUCGGCUGCAAUAUCUCCGAAAGCUGUCACUUUCCAAGAAUAAUCUUACUGGAAGCAUAACCCUCGAUUUCACACAACUUCAGAACCUUACAUAUGUUGACCUGAGUGAGAACAGCCUCUCUGGACCAAUCUCAAAUGAUUUCUUUCAACAAUGUGGGUCUUUAAAAUCAGUUUCUUUGGCCAAAAACAAGUUCCUGGGACAGAUUCCAGAUAGCCUAGGUUCAUGUGCAUCUCUAGCGGCAAUUAACUUCUCCUCAAAUCGGUUUUCAGGAUCACUGCCUUCUGGAAUUUGGUCCUUGCAUGGGCUGAGAUCACUUGAUCUUUCAAGUAAUCUGUUAGAGGGUGAAAUUCCAAAGGGUAUUGAAGCUUUGCAUAAUUUGCGAGACAUUUACUUGCAGAACAAUCAGUUUUCUGGAGAGUUUCCAGAGGGCAUUGGUGAUUGUUCGCUACUGAGAUCCCUUGAUUUUAGUAAGAAUUCUCUUUCUGGUAAUCUUCCAGAAACACUACAGAAACUCUCCUUGUGCAGUUAUGUAAGUUUACAUAGUAAUUUGCUUGCUGGUGGCAUUCCGGAAUCGAUUGGAGAAAUGAAAAGUCUUGAGACUCUGGAUCUUUCAGCAAACCGUUUUUCUGGACAGCUUCCAAUUUCAAUAGGAAAUCUUCAGUCACUGAAGGUAUUGAAUUUUUCCAAAAAUGAUGUAAACGGGAGCUUGCCAGACUCUAUGAAAAAUUGUGCUAAUCUGUUGGCCUUGGAUUUUAGUCAGAAUUCAUUGACUGGUAGUCUUCCUGCAUGGAUUUUUAAAUUGGGCGUACAGGAAGUAUUGCCGUCAGGGAAUAGAUUGAGUGGAAAUAUAGGCAAAAGCUUGGAGAUCUUGGAUUUAUCCUCCAAUGCAUUAUCUGGCAAAAUUGCUUCAGCUGUUGGCGUUCUUAGCAGCUUGCGGCUCUUGAAUCUGUCCAGAAACUUUCUUGUAGGUUCUAUUCCGGCUAGUAUUGGAGAUUUAAAAGCCUUGUAUGUUCUUGAUUUGAGUCAGAAUCAAUUAAAUGGAAGCAUUCCUGUUGAAAUUGGAGGAGCUGCAGCUUUGAAGGAGCUGAGGCUGAAGAAAAACCUCCUAGCAGGAAAAAUUCCAGUUUCACUUGAGAACUGCUCUUCACUAAGAUCUCUGAUCCUAUCACAUAACUACUUAACUGGUCCAAUACCUGCAGCCAUGGCAAAACUCACAGAUUUACAAAAUGUAGAUUUAUCCUUCAACAACCUUACAGGAAGCUUGCCCAAGCAAUUGGCCAGUCUUUCCCACCUCCUCUCUUUUAACAUUUCUCACAACCGCCUCGAAGGAGCGCUACCGGCUGGAAACUUUUUCAAUACCAUCUCCCCUACUUCUGUCUCUGAUAAUCCAUCUCUUUGUGGCUCGGCUGCCAAUAAGUCUUGCCCUGCAGUUCUUCCUAAACCAAUUGUCCUCAAUCCCAACUCUUCCUCCGACUCCCCUUCCGGUUCAUUGCCCCACAGCAGCGUUGGUCACAAGAAAAUCAUCCUUAGCAUUUCUGCGCUCAUUGCUAUUGGGGCAGCAGCCGUAAUUGUCAUUGGCGUAAUUGCUAUAACUGUCCUUAAUCUUCGCGUUCGGACUACAGCUUCUCGUUCUGCAGCAGCCGUCACAUUUUCUGGUGGUGAUGACUUCAGCCAUUCUCCCACCACUGAUGCCAACUCUGGGAAGCUUGUCAUGUUCUCUGGUGAACCUGAUUUCAGUACAGGAGCUCAUGCUCUGCUCAACAAGGAUUGUGAACUUGGGCGAGGUGGGUUUGGAGCGGUCUACCGAACAGUUCUUCGAGAUGGGCACCCAGUUGCCAUUAAGAAGCUCACUGUCUCAAGUCUUGUCAAGUCCCAAGAAGACUUUGAGAGGGAAGUAAAGAAACUGGGAAAAGUUCGGCAUCCUAAUCUUGUGGGACUUGAAGGGUAUUACUGGACUCCAUCUCUGCAGCUCCUUAUAUGUGAAUUUGUGCCUGGUGGAAGCCUAUAUAAACACCUCCAUGAAGGACAAGGCGGGAACAUCCUCUCAUGGAAUGAUAGGUUCAACAUAAUUCUUGGGACAGCAAAAUCCUUGGCUCACUUGCACCAGCAUAAGAUAAUCCAUUACAAUCUAAAAUCAAGUAAUGUCCUCAUGGACAGCUGUGGUGAACCUAAAGUGGGAGAUUUUGGUCUUGCAAGGUUGCUCCCGAUGCUUGAUCGUUAUGUUUUAAGUAGCAAGAUUCAAAGCGCACUCGGCUACAUGGCACCUGAAUUUGCAUGCCGAACGGUGAAGAUAACAGAGAAAUGUGAUGUGUACGGGUUUGGUGUAUUGGUGCUGGAGGUGGUUACUGGGAAGAGGCCUGUGGAGUACAUGGAGGAUGAUGUGGUGGUGCUGUGCGACAUGGUCAGAGCAGCACUCGAAGAUGGUAGGGUGGAGGAGUGCGUCGAUGAGAAGCUCCAGGGGAAAUUCCCAGCGGAGGAAGCCAUCCCGGUCAUGAAGCUAGGGUUAAUAUGCACGUCACAUGUACCAUCAAACCGCCCGGAGAUGGGAGAGGUGGUUAAUAUAUUGGAGCUAAUCAGGUGCCCUUCGGAAGGCCAAGAGGUGUUGGGAUGAGUUUAACAAAUGCUUCCAGCGAUCGGAAAAGGGAUUUAUAUUUACAUUUACAAUGGGUUUAUCCGGGGAAGAGGAAUCCGGUGUGAUCUGUUUAGUUAGGAGAGAAACGAAGCUGAAUUUGAUUGUUGGAUGGAAGAUACAUUUGUUUUGUUUUGGCUUUUCUUCUUGUUGGUUCUGUUUCUCGACUUGUUCUUGUUGUUUCCGGUUUGUUUUUAUUUUUUUGUAGUUUGGUUCUGUAUGUGACAGGUUGGGUUACCGGAUUCCUUUUCGCCGGGCUCUUAUUUGCGGGUAUAGUGUUGCCCGCUCAUUCAUCAUCCUGUAUUGCUUCUAUUCAUCUCUAUCUUUCCGAUUC